AUGGGCAGCACGGAACCGGAGCCAGGUACAGUGCUGGAGAUGUCGUAUGAGGAAUCCCUGCUGGCCAUCGAGAAGGACUUCGCCGUGGGCGCCUCCGCGGCCAGAGCCGCCGCGCUGCAGGGCGCCUGCGAGGCGACGCCUCCGCUGCGCCAGUACCUCCAGGAGGUGCUGGACAGAGGCGGCAAGGGUAAAGACUUCAAGGAUUGGCGCUGUGUCAUGAACAAGCGCAUCGGCAUCUCUUACCAGACGCGGCCUGCCAGCCUGGUAUGGUUGGAUGACAAGGUGGAACAGGUCUCCGCCGCGGCGCGGCUGCUGGGGCGCCAGCUGCACCUGCCGCUUGACACCGGGGAGGCAGAGGCGGUCUUGCAAGCAGCGAGGCGACAGAUCGCUCUGGACGAGCCCUUCGUGGUGAAGCCCCGUCACGGCUCCAACUCCAAGCACGUGGCCAUGUGGCGGCGCCCCGCUGAGGCCCGCGAGGAGGAGGUGCUGGCGAGCAUCCGCCGGGCGCUAGAGGCGGAGGAUCAGAGCUGGCGGAAGGAGUCCUGGAACCAGAACGCCGUGCCCAAGGGAGUCGUCCUGCAGCCGCUCUACGCGCCCAUGGCGGACCUGGAACAAGCCGCCGAGGCCGAGGCGGCUCCGGCGGCUCCCGCGGCGGGCGCUGAAGCCGCGCGGCGGAAGCUGCUGAAGCCUUUGGAGCUCAAGGUGCAGGUCUUGUUCGGUGAGGUGGUGGGUGGGUGCCUCAACACCCACCCCAUGUACCUCUGGGUGCUGCGCAGCGGCGCGCUGAUCCGCUGGCGCCCCGAGGAGUGUUCGGGCCUUCUGAAGCGCAACCACGGGCUGUGGGAGGAGCUGCCGGCGCCGGUGCUGCAGCGGCUGCAGGAGGUCUUGCAAGAGCACUGGCGGCAGCUCCGCGAGGACUCGGAGCUCCUGGCGCGGCGGGCGGGCCUGGACGAGCUCAGGGUGGACUGGCUGCUGGGGGACCCCAGGUGGGGCUGCCGCAUCGGGGAGCUGACCUACAUGGGCACCAUGGCGCUGGAUCUGCCGCCCAUCAGCCGGCGCUUGGCCCGAGCCUUCGCUGAGGGCCACCUCAGCCGAUGA